AGCGGGCUUCGCGGAGACUGUCGGGAAAGGCGGCUGGCCUAUAUUAGCGGCCUGCGGGGCGUACCCUCGCGCCAGGGCUGUGUGGGUGCCGGUGGGAGGCUUGUUUUGGGGGGCGGCUUGCGCCCACUAAGGAAACACCUCAGGGACAAUGGCGGAGGGAGAUAAUCGCAGCACCAACCUGCUGGCUGCAGAGACUGCAAGUCUGGAAGAGCAGCUGCAGGGAUGGGGAGAAGUGAUGCUGAUGGCUGAUAAAGUCCUCAGAUGGGAAAGAGCCUGGUUUCCACCUGCCAUCAUGGGUGCGGUUUCUUUGGUGUUUCUGACUAUCUACUAUCUAGAUCCAUCUGUUCUGUCCGGUGUUUCCUGUUUUGUUAUGUUUUUGUGCUUGGCUGACUACCUUGUUCCCAUUCUAGCUCCUAGAAUUUUUGGCUCCAAUAAAUGGACCACUGAGCAACAGCAAAGAUUCCAUGAAAUUUGUAGCAAUCUGGUAAAGACUCGACGUAGAACUGUGGGCUGGUGGAAACGUCUCUUUACACUGAAGGAAGAAAAGCCUAAAAUGUACUUCAUGACCAUGAUCGUUUCUCUUGCUGCGGUUGCUUGGGUGGGACAGCAAGUCCACAACCUGCUGCUCACCUAUCUGAUAGUGACUUUCUUACUGUUGCUUCCUGGAUUAAAUCAGCAUGGAAUCAUUUUGAAGUACAUUGGAAUGGCCAAAAGGGAGAUAAAUAAGCUUCUCAAACAAAAAGAAAAGAAAAAUGAAUAAUGCAGCUGCUUUAUUCAGUGUAAUGAAUGGCAUAUACAUCGUCCUUGGGAACAGUUUCUAUUAUGCUGUCUGGAUACUAAAAUGUUACAGAAGUAGCUCUUUGCUCUCCCUCGUUCUGCCCUUAGUUCGUAGAAAUUCAGACUUGCCAAGUAAGGCUUUAUGUCUUCAUGUGAAGUGUAGCAGAUGCUUUCUCAUCAGUUGGCCUUAUAUGGACAACUCAUUCGUGAGUACUUGUUUUGAUUUUUCUCACCCAGGUUAAUUGAAUUCUUAUUUUUAGGCAACUUCCUUUAAAAUAAUAUAGUGGUGAACUUCACCUUUUAAUACAGUUAACUGUGACUUUGGAUAAUUGUUCCAGUUGAUCUUUGCUUUAGCUAGAUACAAGCUAGUGGUCUGUGGCUACAGGAAGCUGGUUCUACUGUCUGUUUCCACAGUCUGCUUACACUGUCUGGCUUCAUGAAUACAGAGACCAAGUUUACCACUUCCAAUUAAGAGACCAGUUAAGAUUCAUUCCUCAUGCUGUUUCUAAACUGUAGAAGAAUCCUCUGGAAUAAAAUGAAACCAAUUCCAUGCCCUAGUAUAUGUUGGUUUCUGCCUUGUGCAAAACUUAGUAAUUUGUAAGAAACAUUGAUCUUUCCUCCCAAAUGGGGAACAGGACAGGCUUUAAGCUCGUCUCUCCUUGCUCUUAGACUUAAGUUCGUAGAUCCUUAGAAGCUUUUUAAGCAGGCUUCCAGAAACUUGUGUUUAGGAUUUUUAGCAUAUUUUUAAUUUCAGAUUUUCAGCUGACUGAAACUAAAGUAUGUAAUAGGUUAAGACUUAGGUCUGUGACCUUCACUCCAACACCAGCCAAUAAAGGACAGAAGUCUUCCUGUACUAAGUCAAGACUUACUUCAGUAGAAAAUAAUCUUAGCCUACUAAUUUUUCGAGACCAGACUAAGCCUUUAAAGAUAAGCCUCAAGAUUCUCAUUUGAAGGUAAUUGCUGGCUGCUUUGGUCCCCAGAGAUUUGGCAUAGGAGGUGGUGCACUGGUGUCUGACUUUCUUCCUUGAUCUCUCUCUCUGAAGAAUGCAAGGGCUGCUGGGGAAAUCGGACUUUUGGCGACGAUAGGUGGCCUCUGGUCUACAGAGAGUUUGUAACUGCUUGGAACGUGUCUUAGAAUCAUUCUCCCUCUUGGUAGCUAGAAAUUUAGAAUAGCUGAAAUGUGUAGGAAUGAACCUCUGAGGGCCGAAAAUGUGACAUUUGGGAACAGUUCUGAAACUCUGAUUAACUAGCUGUAAUAUAGUUUUGUGAAUUUAUUGCACUGAUGCUGGACCUUGUGGUGUAUCUGUCUCUAAAUAAGUGUUUCCUCCCCUUCAAUCUGACUGUAAACAGCACCCAUUGUAGCAUAUGUUUGAUUUGUUUGAUUUUUUUUUUUUAAUGUUUCAUAUGAAAACUACAAACUACCUUAAUUUUUACAUGUGUUUCCUCACUGUAGAUAAGCCUAUCUUGCUCUCUGGAUUUUUUUGUGUAUAUGUGACCUACCAAUUAACUACUUUUGCAGUUUUAAUCUUGUAUUAUUUCUUCUACUUUGUUUUGUGUAAAAGGGGAAAAAUAAAAAAAGCUGGAAUCCCUC